GUGGCAAUCAAGAGAUGCGUCCAAAUUUGGUCAGUAUACCAUUUGAAACAGGAGCAUUUUUAUGAGCCAGGGCUUACCAACCUUCAAAUUGUGCCGCAAUCAUCGAAUUUUGUCGUAAUAACCGAGGUUUAUGCAAUUGAUGUUCUCACUAGCUUUACUCUACCAUCAAGAAACGUCUCAGCGAUUUCUCUAUAAUGAAGGUCAUGUAUUUUGGAUAAUGAAUCUAUGUUUAAAGUUUGAAUCCCAGAUCCCAUCAUCGAUGCGUUUAUAACUGAUCAGUCAUGCUUACAUUCUUCAUUGUUCAUUAUGCAUUAGUUAUUAUCGUACUGCAACAUUAUAGGCUAGGGAAAUUACUACAUGAUCAAGGUUGUGUUUAAUUGAGCAGAAGUACGUCUCCAAUUGUACAGGAUUUAAGCACUAUUUUAACACUUCCACGCUCGAAAUAAUUCACUAUGAAACAUAAGAUGUAAAUAAAUAUAGGUGCUGAAUUGCUAAUCAUCAAACCAUGGUCACAUAUAAUUUUUUUUUAUCCACAUAAGUUGUGCGGAUGAUUGUGAAGCCUUUCAAAGGCGCCCUCAGGCGAAGGUAACCUGUACUUCUCACUUACACAAAUCCUGACAAUGACCUUGAAACCUCCACAUUUUAUUAAAUUCCAAGGGAUUUUGGUUUCAAUGUUUAUAGAAUCACAAACAGAUGCGAGCAAAGGAAACAGUCCAGUGAUUUUCAGGGUGGGCUAGCUGAAGUGGAGACAUUGCAUUUUACGGAUGCGUUUUACGUGAUGCGAUACAAAAAAGUGUUAAAUGCUAGGCUUUGUGAACAAUGCUGAAGUUUGCGGUCAGUACGCCCUUGGAAUGCACCUCCGAGACGGGAACCUGUCCGCCCGAGGGAUCCGCAACCAAUGCUGGCAGUACAAAUUCAGAUUAUGGUGGAGAACAUAAUUGUGCUGUUUGCGAGUCCAGACGUCGAAUAGUGGUCAUCGAAAAGACAAGAGCCGCUCGCCGAUCGAGAUCACGCUCAAGAGAACGCAAAAAACAACAGCUAGCAGAUGAUGAUAAGCCGCCUGGGUGUGAAACUAGUCCUCCUAUUAGACGGAGAAGGAGAUCGCUCUCUCGAGAACGACGUAGGAAUAGUGUGAAAUUAAAGUUUAUUGAAAACAAUGACCCGCGAAAAAUAAUCAAUAUUCAUGUCAGGAAAUCAGAGCCCGUAUUUAUUGAAUCUGGCGUAUCAGACUCAAAUCGGGACGUUGACAGUCUUUACUCUAAUUGUUCUGAAUCAGGAGCCGAAGACCAUUCGUCUUGCUUUGCCGAUUCUGAAACUUCAUCUUUGGUAAGUUACGACGAACUUAUUUAUUCUGAGCUCAACCGAAGAGGGCGCCAAAGGGUUCGAUUCUGUGAGGAAUCAAUCAUUCGAAGUGAACAUCAUGAAUAUAAAAUUGCACAAAUAAGAACUGCGCCCCCGGCGUAUGAUCGUCGGUUACAGGGCAAUAGGACACUAGAUAUUUGUCAACGGUUAAAUGACGUCACUCUUUCCGCAGACGACGAAGCCGAAGAUGAAAAAGAAAAUGAUGAAUUAGUUCUUCCUAUCUUUAUAAGAUACCCGGUUAAGUCUUCAGAACGAACAUUUUUAAAAUCAGACGAAAACAAACCGUGUGUUGAUCCAAUCGAUACAGAUAUGUUAAAUAGUGACAAUGCAAGUUAUGACCCUACUCUCGCCACUCAACGAAAUAUUUCAAGUGAAACAAAGAGUAAAAUUAGUGGUAAUUUAGAAAGCCAGAAUGAAUCACCGCGACGGACACAAUCUGAACGUGCAUCUACGGACGCUAAAGACAUCGAAGAGCUGGUGCUGAAAAGUUGUUUUGGGAACCAGAAGUAUUUAGAAAUGGUCACCAGUGACUAUGAAUCCGAAUCUGUAUCGUCUGGUGAUAGUAUAUCUGCAUCAAAGAGGAGAACAGGUCGCAGACUAUCACAUGCAAUUGCCGAAAACCCUCCAGAUGAAAGCGUACAAGAUAGUCGCCCGCUUGCCAAACCAUUCCAUGAAAAAGACUCUGAAACGCAAGAGAACAUGAAUAUCAGUGAUUCCGAGUUUGACUUGUAUAAUCUAACAACCAAAACAACAGUGUUGUACCCCCACAAAGCGCUAUCACCCGGGGAGUUGACGGUGCAAACGGGUCAAGUAGUCUACGUUGAUCCACGAGAACUGUACAGUAAAAAAAUCUGGGUAAUAGCCUACAUGGUAUCAACUGGAGAGUGUGGUUUCAUUCCGAAAGUAAAUCUAGCAACAAGGAAAAUGGAAAACAUCGUUUAAAUUUAUUUUAUCGAAAAUUUUCUACAGCAGGGAAAUGACCAUAACUAUGAUCACCAAUCAAUCACGUCACAUAUUUAUAUAGGCCUAGUCCUUUUAUCAGUGAACGGUUAUGGUUUGUUCAUUUUGAAAAAAUGGGCUGUAUACUUAAUGACGUCAUCAACAUUGUGCAAUUGCGCGUACAGCGCGGGUGAUGACACACUUAAGUGUUAGUGAUACUUUUGCGUAAAAUGGUUCAUGUCAACAACUGUACUUAUACGAUUGAUUAAAACAGUUAUUCAUAUCAGUAGUUGAAGGACUACGGUACUUCAAGCAUUGCAACAUGACUACUUUUGUUUUUGAAGAUUACUUUCUGAAGAUUGUACUGUAUUUAGUAUAUUCUUUUUCAAUAAUAAUGUUGGUUUUCCGAUUGUCAAUUUACCUUUACCUAACUUUUUGAACGGAUUGUGUUAAUACUUUGAUUAUUACGGUAUAUCAUUAGAGUAUCUGAUAAGUAUAUGUUGUGUGUAGUAUAUAAAAUGUUUGUGACGUUGUAUUAUACUAUAUUAUAUAAUGACUUUUUUACUACAAUAUGUGUGAUUCACUCUAUGACAUUGAGCUUCAAGAUAUAAUGUGUUCGAACGUGUUUUGACGUGCAUGUAUUAUCAAGUGUAGGUCUAUUUACAUAAUGGUGAAAUGAUUUUAACGAUUACGAAAGUACUAUAGAUCGAACCCUUAAUUUCAUAUAGUAUAUAUUUUUACAACGUGCGGAAUAUCUGUCAGUGUAUGUAAAACCGAACACUAAUCAUCAGAUUAUGCAUACAAAUAUAGGUCUACCUACUUAACCACCGCAAAAUCUCCUUAGUAGGCCUAUAAUCUCUACCUCUAUAGUACAGGUGUAAGCUACAAACCAACCCAUACGCGUACUGCUGCUUUUCGGUUGUAACGCAAUAAAAGUCGAUCGUUAAACUUUCAUAACAUAGCCUUUAAGAAUAUAUUGUAACAACUAAAAAAACUCCCCAGGAGACUAUAUAUCCCUACCUCUCAUAUAACACAAGUAAGCUACGAUACAACAGAAGGAAACCUUUAUUACAUAAUAGUUUUUACGCCUAGGUCUUUAAGCACUAUGCGUAAAAAGUAUUAGUAUUUUCGAUGGUUGUGAACUUCAGUCAGAUUUUAUAAUACGGCGCACGUAAUGUAUAGUGAUUUUAACAAAUACAUAAGCUCCCAUUAGAACCCUACCUUUAGAAUAGAUACGAUACGAUAGACGAAUCCUUAUUUACAUCAUUGUAUUUCUACGCACAAUGCGUACAAACGCUAAUGACGCUGUUAAGGAGAUCGGCCUAUUAUUUAAUGAAACUGAUUGUGACUACGAUAAUUUUGGCCAAAUGACUAUAUUUAAGUACAUAUUUAUGUUUUUUAUAUAAUUUUUAAAAUAGUUGAUAUUAAGAAAUAUACUUUAUGACAUUUUAUAGAACCAACUCAUAGAAUUUGUUUUACCUUUUAUUUGAGAGAAUGACAUUUUAUGUGUGUGUAUUUCAUGUUGUGUGUUGUUUUUACAUUUAAACAAAAUCUAAAAGUUUUCAAUAGUUAAAUGAAUCUUAAGUUUUCAACACUCGUCCCAGGUCAACUAACUAUCUAUGUUAAAUGCCAUUUUAAGGAGUAACUACCGGUAUGUUGCGAUGUAACAUUAAUGAAUUUUCCACAAAAUCGCUAUUAAAAGAUUGUAAAGAUACCAGAAAUGCAAUUUUCCAUUGAAUACACCUGGAUAAAAUAAUAUUUUCGGUGUAUAACAAACAUAUGGCAAUCUAUAAAUCAAUCUAUAAAUAUAAGAAUACUCUCGUUUUCCAAUUUGAUGUUUCACGACCUGUGUCAUGUCUAAAAAGUUAAUCAUGAAUUUUUAAAGUCUUGGUCACAUUAUAAACAACUACGAUAUGGUACUGUAUACUAAGCAAUGUAAAGUCUGUGUUGUCGUAUGAAUGGCAUUUAAAUCAUCCAUUCAUGUUACAUCCAAAGUAUUAUAACGUGUAAUGGCUGUUUUAAUAAGUGUACCGGUGUGUCCAUAAUACAUAUGCCCUCUAUGUUCAAACUUUCUCUUCGACACUGGAGGAAAUAAAAGAAAUACAGUAUA